CCUAUUGUAUAUAGCAUUAUAUAUCAGUUAUGGCAAUCAAUAUUGUAAAUGAAAAUAUCGCACUUUUAAAACUAUUGUAUAAAACCUACAAUAAGAGAGAUAUAGAGAGUCUCUCUGAUUUGGAAUUCCAUUACGGAUUAUUAAGCAACCAAGAAGAUCUGCUCUUUUUAGUCGACACAAUAUGUCGUGAAUUGGCAGAAAUAUCGGAAUCAAACUCCUUAAGGAAUCAUUACAACCAUAUAACUCAAGGGUCCAAUGAUUACAUAUCAUUCGUGAAGGCAUUAGGUUACGAUGAUAUAGAAGAAAAAUAUAACGACGAAUUGCUUCACAUUCUAUUGACGGAGCUACUGUGUACUCGUGUUGAAAAGAAAGUCUGCAAAGUUCAGCAUUUAUUCUCAAAAUCCUUUUCACAAGAAACCAUAACUAAUGCUGAGAUACAGAAAAUAGUUUCCAGUUCUACUGAAGUAACAACCGAUGUUGAUGAUGAAAUGUUGUGCUCAAUUAUUGACGAUAUAUCGCAAAGAAUUAACAACGACAACCUUGUGGAGUUAUUGAAAUUAAGAUUGGAGAAUGAAUCGCUAUUCAAUAGCAUAACACUAGAUGCUGAGACAAUAGAGAUCAUCAGAGAGGUAGCAAAAUGUUUGUCCGAGGAAUAUAGAGAACGUUGGAAUCUUCAUCUCCUAAGAUUCGAUGCAAUGUUAAAGGUAUUCCUGGACUCACCUAACUUAAAUCAGGACGACCCCAAACUGCAAUCCUUGAUGUCUGUUAUCCACAUGUGGCGCAAUAGCUGUGAUGCAUUAUUAAAGCCUUUCAACAUAUAUAGCAUCUAUCGAGCACGAACUGAUAUAUUGGAGAUUAAGACGACAUCAUCUAAUAAUCAAGAACUAGGAGUUACAGAACUUUAUAAAAAGCAUAUUAAUAUAGAUCCGGAUGAAUCGUUCCAGUCAUUCAUUAAACGAAUACAAAUAUCAGAUCCCAUAAAUAGGGGAGGACUGGUUGAUGGAUAUACAACGAAGAAGUUUUAUAAGAAAUAUUUAAAGAACACUUUCAAGCAUAAAUAAUCGAUAAUGUAUCUAAUUGGGAUACAUACUGUAUC